AUGUACUGCAACGAAUCUCAUAAGUCAUCCGCGUGCACGAAGUAUAAGACUCCGCAGCAACGUUCUCAAUAUCUCCGAGAGCAUAAACUUUGCCUUAUCUGCGCAUCUCCACAGCAUGCAACGUCUCGUUGUAAGAAUAGGAUGUGUUUCGCGUGUAACGGUGCUCAUCACACAUCAUGUUGCUUCAAAACGUCGCAGGAUGAGCAAUCUUUUGCUAAGCAGAGACCAACUUCAACUCCCCCAGCAAAGAAAACUAGCGCGUCAAAAGAUCUACAGAAGGUCAAAGCUACCACCAAGAUCAACCAUCUUAACGCUCCUCAAGACGACCAGGAUACUACGAUUUGUGAACUUCAGUCUGCACAGGAAGAUCAAGACAACGUUGGAACAUUCCUACCGACGGGAGAGUUGACCGUAAUGGAUCCCAAGUCUAAGAAACUUAGGAAGGUUGCGGUUUUACUUGAUACAGGAGCAGAGCUUUCCUUUAUAGAUAAUUCACUCGCGGAAGAGCUAGGUCUGCCCACGCUAGAGGAGACUACAUUGCGGUUACACACCUUCGGCUCAGAGCAAAUUCAAGAAGAGCUCUGCCGAAAGGUACCGCUGGAAACAUGGGACGAAGAAAGGAAUCCGAUUUCUCUUCAAUUGCUUACGCAUAGAAUAUUGACGAAAUCAUUGGUACCUCCACCAGUACUGAAGGAAGACUUGGAAUACGUCAGAAGGAUGAAUCUUCCUAUAAGACUCAGUGAACGUCAACUGCGCAUUAAGCUUUUGAUAUUAUUAGGCUGCGAUCAACUUUGGUCUCUGAUUCGCGUAGACCAAUCUCAGUUGACUUUGCCAUCAGGUCUCCAUUUACUUCCGUUUGGGACAUUUACUCACUGGCCAUUUACAAACGGCACUCAAUACUGUCCAGGUUUGUCACCAAAACAGGAGCAGUUACAUCAGAAUAUCGUUAAAGAAGUCGAGGAUGAAGGGAAAACCCUCGGUGACCACAUCCACUACAUUCCACACCAGGCAGUUCUUACUCCUCACAAAACAACAACAAAAAUCGGGAAAGUUGCCAUCAUAUUGGAUGUCGAAAAAGCCUUCCUGCAAGUUCGGCUCCAGGAAAGAGACCGAGAUGCAACUCGCUGUCUUUGGCUUUGGGAUCACAAGUCUCCACCUGAUCAAGAAAACAUUCUCGCAGCGACAACGCACUACCACCUUGACCAAUACGAGAACGACAGCAUCCUAGUCAAAGAAAUCAAAGAAAACCUCUAUGUCGAUAACCUUCUUCUAACAGCCGACACGGUAGAAGAUGCCGUCAAAGUGUAUUCGCGUACUAAAGAGAUGUUUAACGCUCUCAACAUGAACAUUCGAGAGUUCGUCUCAAAUGAACAGGACCUCAUGUCUGCAAUAGCGAGUCACGAUAAGUCAGCUGAAUUAACACCGAACGUUCUAGGGAUAAAAUGGGAUUCUACACAUGAGAAAUACAGGCUUCGUUUGUAA